AUGACAACGGUGAAAAUCAACCUUCCGCAAAGGUUUCAGGUUGUGAAUGGAAACUCUCCUCUCGAAGCAGCUUAUCGAUUGUUGGCUCUGACCACUAGCAUACCAUUUGGUUCAUCUAUAGGCGGAGUCCUUGUCCAAAAAUUAUGCAUCCCCUUCAUAUGGGUCUUGAUGGGGUUUGCGCCGCUACAAAUCGCCGGUCUAGUUCUUCUUGGCUUCUCUUCAUCAAAUAAAGAUAAUCCAAACGCGAUCUACGGAUACCAAGUAGUGGAAGGACUUGGGCUCGGGGGGAGCCCGGGGGUUUCUAUUAUGAUGGUAUCGUUCAUCGCAACCAAGCAAGAUAUGGAUUCCGAAGACCAACGUGUUAUUCGCUUGGCAGCGGUAGGAAUAAGUCGCGCGGGCCAGUUUCGAGCUCUUGGGGGAUCGAUAGGAAUCGCAAUCUCUACCAAUGUGCUCAAUAAUCACAUCACCUCCGCUCUUUCUUCGAUAAUUUCUCCAAUACAGCUUCACGAGCUUUUCCAAUCGGCUGAAGUCCUCACAGAAUUCCCUCGCAUGCUUUUGGCUAUUACAAGAAAUGCUUACUCUGAUGCAUAUAACACUCAAAUGUUUGUUCUUGCUGCUUUUAGUGCUGCAACUUUGAUGACUACUGUACUAUUUUUUGGAAAAGACGCCGAGGAGGAUGACGAAAUCGCAAUGCCUUCGCUGCGAUAA